UACCGAUCUUUUAAAAAUGCAGUGCAGGCAGUUAAUUGCCAGGGACUAGUGCUGGGUGGGCAGAGGGGUGCAAAGGAGGAGAAAGGCGACUGCCCGGUAGCAUGCUGGGGGCUGACCUGAUUCCCUAGAAUCCUUGCUCCCUUCCUCUAGCUUCCGACGUCCUUCCUUCCCCUUUUCUCUUCUUCCACCUCCCCCCCCCCCCCGCUUUUUUUCCCUUCUCCAUAUCAGCAGCAGCUCCAGGAAACAAAGACUGUGGAUCUCCUGGUGGGAUCGGAGGCUCAGCCCUGCACCCUGUGAGCCGCACCUUGUUCCGGGGACCCGGGGACCCCUCCCCAAGCUCCUGCGCCUCCCUUGCGCGCUCGCUCCCUCCCGCUCGCUCCCCCCUCCUGCGCUGCGCUGGGAAGAAGGCGGACGGGGCUCAAGAUGGCUUGGGUCAGGCUCUGUGCGCUGCUGGCCUGCUGCUGGGCGCCCGCGGUGCUGGCUACAGCCCCCGGCGACACAGACGCUUCCAAGGAGCUGGAGUGCAAGCUCAAGAGCAUCACCGUGUCGGCGCUGCCCUUCCUGCGCGAGAACGACCUGAGCAUCAUGCACAGCCCCUCGGCCUCCGAGCCCAAGCUGCUCUUCUCAGUGCGCAAUGACUUCCCAGGAGAGAUGGUGGUGGUGGAUGAUCUGGAGAACACCGAGCUGCCCUACUUCGUGCUGGAGAUCUCAGGGAACACAGAGGACAUCCCUCUGGUGCGCUGGAGGCAACAAUGGCUGGAGAAUGGCACCUUGCUUUUCCAUAUCCAUCACCAAGAUGGUGCACCGAGCCUCCCUGGUCAAGAGCCAACAGAAGAGCCCCAGCAUGAAUCUGCAGAAGAGGAAUUGAGGAUCCUUCACAUCUCAGUCAUGGGUGGCAUGAUUGCCCUGCUGCUGUCCAUCCUGUGCCUAGUGAUGAUCCUCUACACCCGCCGGCGCUGGUGCAAGCGUCGCCGUGUCCCCCAGCCCCAGAAGAGUGCCAGUGCCGAGGCAGCCAACGAGAUCCACUACAUCCCCUCGGUGCUCAUCGGCGGGCACGGCCGGGAGAGCCUGCGCAACGCUCGCGUGCAGGGCCACAACUCUAGCGGCACCCUGAGCAUCCGCGAGACGCCCAUCCUGGAUGGCUACGAGUACGACAUCACGGACCUGCGCCACCACCUGCAGAGGGAAUGUAUGAAUGGCGGCGAGGACUUCGCCAGCCAGGUCACUCGCACGCUGGACUCCCUGCAGGGCUGCAAUGAGAAGUCAGGCAUGGACCUCACGCCAGGAAGUGAUAAUGCCAAACUGUCGCUGAUGAACAAAUACAAAGAUAAUAUCAUCGCCACCAGCCCCGUGGACUCCAACCAUCAGCAGGCCACCCUCCUCUCCCACACCUCCAGCAGCCAGAGGAAGCGGAUCAACAACAAAGCCAGAGCUGGCUCCGCCUUCCUGAACCCCGAAGGGGACUCUGGUCCUGAGGCAGAAAAUGACCCCCAGCUGACCUUCUACACUGACCCCUCCCGGAGCCGCAGGCGCAGUCGAGUGGGCUCCCCCCGCAGCCCCGUGAACAAGACCACCCUGACACUCAUCAGCAUCACCAGCUGCGUGCUUGGCCUUGUCUGCUCCUCCCACGUCAGCUGCCCACUCGUCGUCAAAAUCACUCUCCAUGUCCCCGAGCACCUGAUUGCUGAUGGAAGCCGCUUCAUCUUGCUGGAGGGCAGUCAGCUUGAUGCUAGCGACUGGCUGAACCCUGCUCAGGUGGUGCUUUUCUCCCAGCAGAACUCCAGUGGGCCCUGGGCCAUGGACCUCUGUGCCCGGCGGCUCCUAGACCCCUGUGAACACCAAUGUGACCCCGAAACUGGAGAGUGCCUCUGCUAUGAAGGUUACAUGAAGGACCCAGUACACAAGCACCUUUGCAUUCGCAACGAAUGGGGCACCAAUCAGGGGCCUUGGCCUUACACAAUAUUUCAGCGAGGCUUUGACCUGGUUUUGGGAGAACAGCCUUCUGAUAAAAUAUUCAGGUUCACCUAUACACUGGGGGAGGGCAUGUGGCUGCCCCUCAGCAAAAGCUUUGUGAUUCCCCCUGCGGAGCUGGCCAUCAACCCCUCGGCUAAAUGCAAGACAGACAUGACAGUGAUGGAGGACGCCGUGGAGGUCCGGGAGGAGCUGAUGACCUCGUCCUCCUUCGACAGCCUGGAGGUGCUCCUGGAUUCCUUUGGACCUGUGCGGGACUGCAGUAAAGACAAUGGAGGCUGCAGCAAGAACUUCCGCUGUAUCUCUGAUCGCAAGCUGGACUCCACAGGCUGUGUGUGCCCCCCAGGACUCAGUCCCAUGAAGGACAGCUCGGGCUGCUAUGACCGUCACGUGGGCGUGGACUGCUCUGAUGGCUUCAACGGGGGCUGCGAACAGCUGUGCCUCCAGCAGAUGGCGCCCUUCCCGGAUGAACCCGCCAUUUACAACAUCCUUAUGUUCUGUGGGUGCAUUGAGGAUUACAAGCUUGGUGUGGAUGGACGCUCCUGUCAACUUGUCACAGAGACCUGCGCAGAAGGAGGAGACUGUGGGGAAGGCAGGGAACUUCCUAUGAACCAGACCCUCUUUGGAGAGAUGUUCUUCGGUUACAACAAUCAUUCCAAGGAAGUGGCCCCUGGCCAGGUGCUAAAAGGAACUUUCAGACAGAACAACUUCGCUCGAGGUUUAGACCAGCAGCUUCCAGAUGGUCUUGUGGUGGGCAUGGUGCCCCUGGAGAAUCAGUGCUUGGAGGAGAUCUCAGAGCCCACCCCUGACCCCGACUUCCUGACUGGGAUGGUAAACUUCAGUGAGGUAUCUGGAUACCCCGUGCUGCAGCACUGGAAGGUACGCUCUGUCAUGUACCACAUCAAGCUCAACCAGGUGACCAUCUCUCAAGCCCUCAACAAUGCCCUCCACUCUCUGGAUGGGGCCACAUCUCGUGGGGAUUUUGUGGCUUUGCUGGACCAGUUUGGCAACCAUUACAUCCAAGAAGCCAUCUAUGGCUUUGAAGAGUCAUGCUCCAUCUGGUACCCUAACAAGCAGGUCCAGCGGCGACUCUGGCUGGAGUAUGAAGACAUCAGCAAAGGCAACUCCCCAUCGGACGAGUCAGAGGAGCGAGAACGAGACCCCAAGGUGCUGACAUUCCCAGAAUACAUCGCCAGCCUGUCUGAGUCAGGCACCAAGCGCAUGGCGGCUGGCGUCCGCAUGGAGUGCCAGAGCAAGGGGCGUUGCCCCUCGUCUUGCCCGCUGUGCCACAUCACGUCCAGCCCUGACACCCCUGCUGAACCAGUCCUGCUGGAGGUGACCAGAGCAGCCCCCCUCUAUGAAUUAGUGGCCAACAACCAGACACAGCGGCUCUUGCAGGAGGCCACCAUGAGCUCACUCUGGUGCUCAGGGACUGGAGAUGUCAUCGAGGACUGGUGUCGAUGUGACUCCACAGCUUUCGGGGCAGAUGGGCUCCCCACUUGCGCACCUCUCCCACAGCCUGUGCUAAGACUCUCCACGGUGCAUGAGCCCAGCAGCACCCUUGUGGUCCUGGAAUGGGAACACUCGGAGCCACCAAUUGGGGUGCAGAUUGUAGAUUACCUCAUCCGUCAAGAAAAGGUCACGGACAGGAUGGACCACUCUAAAGUGGAGACAGAGACAGUGCUCAGCUUUGUGGAUGACAUCCUCUCUGGAGCCAAGUCUCCCUGUGCUAUGCCCUCUCAGGUGCCUGACAAACAACUUGCCACCAUCUCUUUGAUCAUCCGAUGCCUGGAACCAGACACCAUCUAUAUGUUCACCCUGUGGGGAGUGGACAACACAGGCCGCCGCUCUCGGCCCAGUGAUGUGAUUAUGAAGACACCCUGCCCCACGGUGGAUGACAUCAAAGCCCAAGAGAUAGCAGACAAGAUCUACAACCUUUUCAAUGGCUACACCAGUGGAAAGGAGCAGCAGACAGCCUACAACACCCUUCUGGACCUGGGGUCUCCCACCCUCCACCGAGUCCUCUACCACUACAAUCAGCACUACGAGAGCUUUGGAGAAUUCACCUGGCGCUGCGAGGAUGAGUUAGGUCCCAGGAAAGCUGGCCUCAUCCUGUCCCAGCUUGGGGAUCUCAGCAGUUGGUGCAACAACCUCCUUCAGGAGCCCAAGAUCAGCCUGCGCCGUGGCUCCCUCAAGUACCUGGGCUGCCGCUACAGUGAGAUCAAGCCCUAUGGACUCGACUGGUCAGAGCUUAGCAGGGACCUCCGCAAGACAUGCGAGGAGCAGACCCUGAGUGUCCCUUACAAUGACUAUGGGGACAGCAAGGACAUCUAGCACUGGGAGGUCCCAGGGCAGCUGUUGAGAGGAAGUGGGAGAGAGAGGAGGGAGGCUCUGGGCUGGCUUGUGGAUUUCUACUAUUUUUUAAUGGAACAUUCCCACGACAUCUAGACAGGGGAGAGGGGGUGCUUGUCCUGUAGAACUCCCCCCAUCAUGGGGAGCUCUCAGCAGCACAGUGGGUGCAAUGCAGUCAGGGACCCCAUGUAGCAUGUUUUCCUUCUUUGGGGGAGGGCUGGUUUUGCAGUUCACUGGUCGAUUCCCAUUCAUUUCUACCCCAAGUGGUUCAUCGAAAUGCUCCAGUCUUCCCCCAGCCCCCCACCCCCAGUCAUUAUGCUUCCUAUGAAAGGUCCACCAGUGGAGCCCCUGCCCCCAUGCUUUCUGGUUCCCCAGCCUUUGUGAUGAGGCACAGUGGGGUGGGGGUAGGGGGCAGAGCUGAAAUGGAGCGGGGAGCAGCCUCAGCCCCCAGCUGCAAGUGACUUAUUAGGAUGGUCCCAUGGGUCCCCACUCCCAGGCCUUCCUUUGUAGGUGUUUAGCCUCUCAGGUGGAAGGUGAAUCCAACCUACAUGGACACCAGGGGCCCUCCUAGACUCUCAGCACUUCACCCCCAAAACAAAAACACACAUACACACAUUUUAGGCCUCCUAGCUGAUCGUGGUGUCCUCUCCUUCUCCCUAAGAGAUGAGUUGCCUGUGAUGAUGAACUGACCAGCAGCAGCCCACUUUCUAGAAGAGAAGGAGGAGAAUUAUCCUAAAUGCCCAUGCCACCAGGCUCAGCCCCACCUCCCCCAAACACACACACACACACACACACACACACACACACACACACACACACACACACACACAGCAGAGUUGUAGACACUGCCUUUUAGGCCCCAGGAACUUCCCCGUGUGGAGGGGGCUGGCCAACAUUAGCUUGGUUCUGCAUGGGGUGGACACCUCCCUCCAUGUCCAUGUUCCAGUGAAGUCAUGUCAUCAUGUCUGAUCACCAGAACUCUCCCCUCUUUUCCCCUCCACUUCCCCCCAUUGCUAAAUUUACUGGAUUAUGUUGCCGGUCUUGCAAAUCAGGCAAUUUUGGGGCCUGGGGUCUGCAGCACAGGCUGCCUCAGAGUGCCUGGGAUGCUGGGGCACAUGGUGUCAGUUCUCACCAUGCCUUCCCUGCCCCCACCCAAAGUGUCACUUACAGCUCUGCCAUGCAUCUUCCAGAGUGGAGGCCUAUGCAGGGCCUGUGGGGAGAGGCAUGGGGGGACAGGUUUCUUGAGGUUGCCAGAGCAGGGAUGCUACCUGCAACUGGAUGCCAGCUACAGGGAGGGUCCUGGGAUGAUUGGGGUCAUGUGACUGUCCCGAAAACACUCCUACAUUUUUGUUGUGGCAUCUGGGCAGGGUGUGUUGGGGCUGCUGCCACAUCCUUAUGCCAGUGUGGGUGACUGGGAGCCAUAAGGAAUUCCCUGGGCCCCUGCUUCGCCCCCUCCUGUUUUGAUUGAAAGAGGCCCCCUUCUCCUCUGGAUCUCCUCCACACCUAGAUCUCUCCACCCCCUCCUUGAGACUUUCUCUUGGCUUCUUUUCCUGUCUGCCAUCCACCACACACACACACACACACACACACACACACACACACUUGCUCACAAUCCACACAUGCACACACAGUCCCACCUCCUGGCUGGGUCCAAUUCCAUGUCUAGGAUGAAGAAAGUUCACUCAGGAUGGAGCAGUGGAGUCUUACAGCACCUGUGCACCUUGAGGUUACCCUGAAGAAUUCGCUUUAGGGAGAUGCAAGCCUCACAUCCAAACCACAUUUUCCUAAGCAAGCCUGGGGAUACCUUCCCAACCAGGAAGGGUAGGGGUGCUGGGUCAGUAUUAAAUCUCCAGUUCCAAGCUGCCAAACAGUUCUGAAGGCACAGGCUGACAUCUGCAGACUCCCCUGUGUGUCCACUUGGCGUCCACAGCGCCAUUGUCCUGUGUGAGUGAUCCUGCUCCACAGACCAGCUCCAGUCCCGGUGUGCACUUCAAUAAUCCAUUAAAAAAAAGAAGAAAGUGUGCAGAAAUCCACCAAUCCACCUCACUGCUCUAGAAGGAAGCCAGGACAGUAUGGUAUGACAGCAGGUAUGACAGUAUUGUUUCAAAGAGAAUUAUUGUAUGAUUACAAAAAAAAAAGUCAACUAAGUAAUAAACCGAGCUGUUAGUACAUGCUAUGUGUGGACACUCCUGUGCUUUUCAGUAAUCACCGUGGCCUAUGUGGACCCCCUGGAGAACCAUUACAGUUUUAGGGGCUGAGUGAUGGCACAUCUGGUUGAGUGCACACAUUACCAUACACAGGGAUCUGGUUUCAUACCCUGAGUCCCAACAUACUGAUUUAUCAUUGGUUGUCAAUGCUGCAGAACUUCAGAGGUACAGCUAUACCCCUCUGUUGGUGUUUAAGUCUGGUUGUAUCUAUCACCUCUAAGUUCUAGAGUCACCUCGAUAUCAAACCACCCCUUUAGGGCUGUCUCCUGGAGUGUGGUAAAGUGUUGUCAGGACCUUAGUCUUGGGUGUCAUGUAUUAUUUAAAAAAUAUGUUACCCACAUAUUAACCAAUGUUAUCUCAAUAAGAUAAGACCCAGCCAUGGAACAGGGGCUUCCUGGGGGAAAUGUGUAAAAUUCUACCAGGAACCAAGAGACUUGAUUAGCUAUUAUUAUUAUUAUUAUUAUUAUUAUUAGAUCUAAAAAACUCAGAGGCUGAAAGUUUUGAGGCUCUGAGCAAGCACCUUGAAAGUUGUUCCCCCACAAGACUUUCCUUGUGUCUACCCAGUCCUCGUCCCUGCUGUCCCUUCCCCUCUGUAACCACUAAACUUAUUGCCAAGUCAA